GAUCCGCCAGUGUAAUACGCUAAACCGAUGAAUCUAUAUAUAAUACAUUUAUAUGUAGCACUCAUAAGGAAUAGCUAAGUUACAUAAAAACAUAAACUGUGUCAAAUUUGUUGGAAUUAAACUAAGACAAAAGAUGUAAAGUUAAUGUGUUUCAAGAGAAAGAUUCAUGUUAUAUAAUGUGGAUAUAAACCUUCUGAAUCACACGUUGCGGAAUUAAUAAAGAAACAAGUAGAGAGAGUGCAACAUUUUGUUAAGUAUGGCAACAGCCCAGCCAUCACAAGAUCGGGUUCAUCUUUUUCGCCUCCAAACUCUUAUUAUAGAUGGAGGCACUACAGUCAUAAGGAACAUAAUUCACCAGAAGAGCUCCAAUGUUCCGUUUAAUGUGUUUCUUAGUCAUGAAAAGACCGCAGUAAAGACACUGGUGGGCAGGAAUAUAAUAAAGAAAGCACAGUACAAUCUGCUUUAUCCACAAGGUGGUAAUCCUCCUUCUAUCACGGACAUUGACCUAACUCUUGCGACAUGCCUGCUGAGAAGCCUGAAAAGUUUCGGGUUAAACACUAGAUAUAACUGGAGUGCAACCCCACGGCAAAAUUACACUUCCCUUGAGGCAGAUUUAUGUCGUCUAAGAAAUACCCGAAAUGAGGUAGCGCAUAUAGCGUCUACAUCAGGAAUAGACCAGACAAAAUUUCAGGUUAAGUGGAAUGAGGUCGAACAGGUUCUUCUCAGACUUAAUACCUCUGUUCCAAAUCCAAUGCCCAAUCUUCAACAAGAGCUUGAUGAGUAUAAAAACAGCCCUCUUGAUCCAGAGGCAGAGGAAAAAAUAAAAGAAGAAAUAGAGAAGUUGCAGCAAAUGGAGAAAAACUUAGAGUUGGAACUGCAGAUUGUGAAGAAAGAGUUUGAAAAUGUUAAGGGAAAGGUUAAAGUCGUCAAGGGGACUGUUGAUGGCGUUAAGGGGAAAGUUGAAGAAGUAACGGCAAAUGUUGAAGAAGUAAAGGGAAAUGUUGAAGAAGUAAAGGCAAAUGUUGACGAAGUAAAGAGAAAUGUUGAAGAAGUUAAGGGACAUGUUGAAGAAGUAAAGGGAAAUGUUGAAGAAGUAAAGGGAAAUGUUGAAAAAGUAAAGGGAAAUGUUGAAGAAGUAAAGGGAAGUGUUGACGAAGUAAAGGGAAAUGUUGAAGAAGUUAAGGGACAUGUUGAAGAAGUAAAGGGAAAUGUUGAAGAAGUAAAGGGAAAUGUUGAAGAAGUUAAGGGAAACGUUGAAGUAGUAAAGGGAAGUGUUGAAGAAGUAAAGGGAAGUGUUGAAGAAGUAAAGGGAAGUGUUGGAGAAGUAGAGAGAAGUGUUGAAGAAGUAAAGGGAAGUGUUGAAGAAGUUAAGGGAAAUGUUGAAGAAGUAAAAGGAAGUGUUGAAGAAGUAAAGGGAAAUGUUGAAGAAGUAAAGGGAAGUGUUGAAGAAGUAAAGGGAAAUGUUGAAGAAGUAAAGGGAAGUGUUGAAGAAGUAAAGGGAAAUGUUGAAGAAGUUAAGGGACAUGUUGAAGAAGUAAAGGGAAAUGUUGAAGUCGUUAAGGGACAUGUUUAUGAAGUUAAAGGACAUGUUGAAGGAGUUAAAAGAAAUAUUAUAAAAGUUGAGGGAGACGUUGAAGAAGUUAGGGAAAAUGUGGAAAAAGUCAAAGAAAAUGUUAAAGAACAUGUUGAAGAAGUAAAAGGAAAUUUUCAAGAAGUUAAGAAAGGUAUUGCAGCUGCACAUAAAAAGAUUGAUGAGGAAUUGAAAAUGCGAAAGAAAACAGAUGAACCAGAAAGUGUUGCAAGAGAACCGCCGGGCAUAUUCCAAAGUCUAUUCCCAGAACUUCACUCAAAAUUACGUAUGCGCAAAAUAAAGAAAGACCUAACAGAAGAUUUGCUAGCUCUCUACAGACAACAGUAUCAUACUCUCGCACUUUCACCAUUGAUAGAAGGCCGGGACACGCCUCUACUUAAGUUUUACGUCAUACCGGACAUGAAUUCAGUGGAAAUCCAGAGGUCGUUUGGAGGUGGAAACGAAAUUAAAUCAAAGAUCAACUCCCUCCGUGAUGUGUUCUACAAGAAAAACAAAACGUGUCGUGAAAUUUACCUUACAGCAGAUGCUGGGUUUGGGAAAACUGCAUUUAGUAAGCGACUCGUUUUGACGUGGUGUCAAGCCAAAAAGCAUAUCAAACGUGAUAAAAAAUUCUUUAAGGAGGAAGAUAUUAAGGCGAUGUCAGAGUUUGAUUUUGUGUUCUUGUUGUCAUUGCGCGAUAUUUCUGAGAAAUGCGACAUUGAUGAGAUGAUCGUUAAACAAAUAAUUCCACGGCUAGCACACACUUCUGUAACUGUAAGCGACAUAGAAACUAUUCUUUCUAAGGGUAAAGGCUUAGUAAUUCUUGAUGGUUUAGAUGAGUGGAUACACCCUGAGACCACCUGUAAGCUAGGACCAAGUGACAUUCCACACAGGAAAGCAAGGGAAUGUACAAUCCUCACAACAACUAGACCGUGGAAGUUGAGCGUUAUCAAUUUAAGUUCAAGUCAAAUAGAUCAAAAGCUGGAACUUGUCGGAUUUAACAAUACGUCUGCUAAUGAGUUAAAGAAAAGUGUGAUCUCACUUCUUACUGGUGACAAUGGCGAAGAAAAACACAUUCAGGACUUUAACACCACUGUAAAACGUAAAGGCAUUUCUGAUUUGGAAGCUAUUCCCCUUCUACUGAUGUAUCUUCUGUGUUUAUGGUGCGAUGGAAUAGAUCUAGGAAGAUCUAAAUGUGUGUUAUACUGCCAAAUUGUUGAACUGCUCCUGAAACGAACGUUCAAAAAAUAUCCAGCCCUGCAGCAGGCGCGUGAACCGGCCCAAAGUGACAUCUCACAAUAUUUCAGAGAACAUAAACAUUGUAAGAAAAACUGCACCCUUCUGCAAGCUUUAGGACAAUUAGCAUUUGAAACAUUAUUCAGUGAAAAACGUGAAAGCACGCUGGUAUUUAGUCAGUCAGUCACUGAAAUGUAUUUAAGCAAUGAUGAUUUGAAAUUAUGUCUUCUCUCAGGAAUAUUAACACAAAGUAAGGAAGAAAAAUUAACCAGUGAAAGUUAUAAAGUUUCAUUUUCCCACAAAACAGUACAAGAAUAUUUCUGUGCACUGUACAUUAGCUGCCUCAAUGAAAAUGAUGUCGAAAAAUUAGUGCAACAAAAAUUUAGCAGUGUACAAAAUAUUCUUGAUAUGUCGAAAGUGUUUAAUUUCGUCAGUGGAAUGAAUGCAGAAAUCAUGUCUUCAAUAUCACGCGAAUUAAUGUCUGUAAUCAGUGAUGAUAAAAUAACGAGAACAUACAGAUCUACGACAGACUACGAUUACAGGUUCGCUGAUCCUCUGAAAGACAUACAAAACAUGUACAUUUCUUGUUUGAAAGAAAACACGGACAACACUUCUCUUUGUUUCAAGGAUUUUAUCAUCGACCGUGACUAUCAAAAAGAAAAACAUUUCUUGGAUUUAAAAUGGCUGACAAAACAGAAUAAAAGUAAUAUGCAGUCAGUAUUAAUCUACACAGGUGUUCAUAGUUUACGUGAACUUAUCGAUCAGUGUGAACUCGAUGACCUGCACAGCGUCAAGAAAAUCUAUUACCAAGGAGAAUGCAAGGAAGCGAAAAUUAUUCGGUUGUUGAGAAACAAGUCGUUGGAAUGUGUAACUGUUGUAUCAGGUACAUGGCAAGGUAAUAACUUUAUACCCGAACUUAGUUCUUGUUCCAGUGAACUGUCUAAAACAUUUCAGAAUAUUUCUCAGUUACGAGCAAUUUAUAUCUAUUGUUUCGAGAUGGAGCACGAUGUACUGAAGGAGUUUCUGAAUUAUAUUAUAAACAGAAAAUCAAUGGCGGAGAUUAAAUUGUACAACUUAUUCUGUGUCACACACGAUAUUUCCUGCGGAGGAAUGAAUUUGGACUUUUCCCAGCAUUCAGAUCUAAGGACGUUAGCAUUGGGCUAUAUACCUGUGUCACAAUUAAAAGUGAAUGUAUCGUCGUUAGAGCAUUGUCAAGUAGGACAUUUAUCUAAACCCGGUCUGUCCACGUCAUUGCUGAGAGAGCUGCCAGCAGCCAGUAAACUACACACAUUUAGGUGUAGUGGUCUAGAAUCUUCCUGUGACAUUGAAACAUUGCUGCAGACAUUACCAUUGUUAGUUCCAGUGAAAGAAGUUAGGUUGUUGUGUAUCAACCUAGGUAAAAGGUCACUGUCUCUGUCACCGGAAAUGGUGAAUAUACAGCUUGUUUACUUGGAUGAGGUAACAAUGUCUGGUUCAUCAUUACGUAAUCUAGUUAAGGUAGUAGAGAAACUUCCACACUCAGUGACAGUAGAAAUGCGAGCUUGUAAUAUAACACCGGAAACAGAAUUUACAGACGUUAAAAAAUAUAUAAAAACAUGGGAGAAUUUCGUGGUCACGUUUGAUGGAAUCAAUCAGUUAGACAACAGGUACUCGUUUGACUUUCAAACAACUGAAGCUGGAAGUCGAGUACAUUAAGUUAACCUGUGAACUUGGACUGAUAGUGUAAAUAUUUCAUAAACAUAAUUCAUUGAAUAUAUGUAACAUAAAACAUAACACAUUGACAUAUGACAUACAUGUAUGCACAGAGUUAAAAAUAGUCGCGCUCGCGAGUGAAAUAGACACGAAAAUCAAUUCUAAUUAACUGAUUUAGGAAAAGGAGUUAAAAUAGUUGUGCAUAGAUAAAGAGGAUGGACGUUCUCAUAUCUACAUGGAUUUAUCACACAAAUGUUACACAACCACAGGGCUUACAGUGUCACACAAGUCGCAGGAAUGGUUUCUGGAAUUCACAAUGACCGCUGGGAAAAUUAGGAGAACCUAUUGUAAUUUCUCAGAAUGAACAGAUCCAC